CACCUAACAUAUCUUAUAUAAAGAAAGAUGUGGUCUCAUGGAUUCUCCUCCUCUAUAUCCUACUUAGUCAACAGCUGAGGAGCAGGGCAUAUCCAUGGCAGAACCACCAAAGGGGGAUGAGGAGGACGGCGGAGCUGCUUUCGUUCUCCAAUCCAAAGGUGAAUGGUGGCAUGCGGGGUUUCACUUAACGACCGCAAUUGUUGGACCCACGAUACUAACCCUGCCAUACGCGUUCAGGGGAUUGGGGUGGGGACUUGGAUUUAUGUGCUUGACGGUGAUGGGGAUCGUCACCUUCUACUCUUACUUCCUCAUGUCCAAAGUGCUCGAUCACUGCGAAAAAUCCGGUCGCCGGCAUAUUCGUUUCCGGGAACUAGCCGCUGACGUCUUAGGGUCCGGUUGGAUGUUCUAUUUUGUAAUCUUUAUUCAAACGGCAAUCAACACUGGCGUUGGCGUAGGGGCAAUCUUGCUUGCGGGGGAAUGCCUUCAGAUCAUGUACUCCAAUAUCUCACCUCAUGGACCCCUCAAAUUGUACCACUUUAUAGCAAUGGUGACAGUGAUAAUGAUAGUUUUAUCUCAGCUUCCUUCUUUUCAUUCCCUGCGACACAUCAACUUGUGUUCACUACUUUUCGCCCUGGGCUACACCAUCCUGGUGGUUGGUGCCUGUAUUCAUGCAGGUACAUCAGAAAAUGCCCCUCCAAGGGACUAUUCCUUAGAACCUAAGAAGUCUGCAAGGGCCUUCAGUGCCUUCACUUCCAUGUCCAUACUUGCAGCAAUAUUUGGGAAUGGCAUAUUGCCCGAGAUACAAGCAACUCUAGCACCCCCUGCCACUGGGAAGAUGGUAAAAGGCCUUUUUAUGUGCUAUUCCGUUAUUUUUGUAACAUUCUACUCUGCUGCAGUUUCUGGGUAUUGGGUAUUUGGAAACAAAUCCAACUCAAACAUUUUGAAGAGUCUGCUGCCAGAUAGUGGACCUCCUUUGGCUCCAACUUGGGUUCUUGGACUUGCAAUCAUCUUUGUUCUUCUUCAACUCUUUGCCAUUGGUCUGGUUUAUUCUCAAGUUGCUUAUGAGAUAAUGGAGAAGAAAUCAGCUGAUGUGAGGCAGGGGAUGUUUUCCAAAAGAAAUCUCAUUCCUCGCAUAAUUCUCCGAACAAUUUACAUGAUAUUCUGUGGGGUUUUGGCAGCCAUGCUACCAUUUUUUGGAGACAUUAACGGUGUGGUUGGUGCUAUUGGUUUCAUCCCUCUAGAUUUCAUUUUGCCUAUGCUUCUAUACAACAUGGAAUACAAGCCUCCAAAAUCAUCCUUCACUUACUGGAUCAACGUCUCAAUUAUGGUGAUAUUCACGGGUGCUGGAAUGAUGGGUGCAUUCUCUUCCAUAAGGAAAUUGGUUCUUGAUGCCAACCAAUUUAAGUUGUUUAGUAGUGAUGUUGUGGAUUAACCUAAUGCAUACAUAAAUCAUCAAUGCAGAUAGAUAAAAGCACUGUUCCCAGCAUUGGUGAUGUAUUGGAGUUCAUGGUGGGUUUGUGUAUACGCUCUAGAUUGGUUUUUCAAAACCUGGAAAAAAAAUUUAUAAAAAAAAGCAGUUCUUCAUUGAA